AUGUAUAUGAUUAUCUAUUUUCUAUUCCAUGAAAUAUAUUGUUAGUGCUAUUAGAAGUAUAAGGAUUAAACAAUAUAUUUAUCUCCUGGAGAAACUUUAAAAUUAGAUUUAUAAAAUUACAUAUAUGGUAAGUAACUUCAAUAUUCAUCAUCCAAUGAUUGUCUAGAGAGUAAAAUAAAAUAUAAAAAUAUCACCUUACAUAAUUCAUAAUAAUCAGAUUAUUCUGAAUAUAGUUUAUGCUAUGACCCUAAAAGUGGAGUUUGUAAUAAAAAUUAAAUUUAUUAUUAUUAUUCUAGAGCUUGGACAGACAAUAUAAAUGUAUGUGGUUAAUGAAAAUGUGAUAAUAUCUUUUUACAAUAUUAGUGAAGCUCUUUCAAUCCCUUUUUACACAACUCAAUAAAUAAUUGAUACAGUAUUAAUAUUAACUAAUUAUGUAGAACAUGAUAUGUUAUAAUGUUCUAUGUAUGAGAUUGAAUUUAGGUUUAGUAGAAUGCAACCAUAAAAUCAAAAAGUAUUCAAUUAUAUUCUUGGCUAAUGCAACUUCACAAUAAACUUAAAGAAUAUUACUAUAAACAAAUGAAUUGGGCUCUAUUUAGUAAUUGAUAUCAUAAUUUAUAGAGCAGGACCGAUAAAUUAUAUUUACGAUGAUAUUGUGAAUUAUUAUAAAAUGAUCUAUGUUUAGGAUGAAAGUCGAAUUGAUAUAUAUACUAUAAAUUUUACAACCAAAGAAGUUACUGUUUCAACAAGAAUUGAUAAACAAAUAUAUUAAUUGUAAUCAUUAACUCUAUUUGAUUUUUUGAUAUACAAUUCAGCUCUAUAUUUUUUAUCAAAAGAACUUGGAUUAUGUUAUAUUAAGAAUUACAUUAAUUAAUAUUGUUGGAAAAUGACUGAUAUUUUUGAUGUUUUUAGUGUUUAUAUAGAAUAAAAUGGAUAUCAUAGCAUACUUUUGGGUUCAACAAUUACUUUAGAUAUUUUCAAAGUUAAUUUAUUUGAUGAUUAAACAUACAAAAUUAUACAAAUGUAUAAAUUGUAAAAGAAUAUGACAUUUUCUAAAAUAUUUCAUAAUGAUAAAUAUAGUUUUAUUAUUGGAAAUAAAAAUAACAACACAAAAAAGUAUUUUCUAGAAAUAUAUUCUUAAAUGGAUGAUUUAACAUCAAAUCUAUAUAAAACUAUUGAAAUCACAUCUUCCAAAGAGUUAUUCUAUUUCGAUAGUCUAAACAGUAUGUAGAAUUAUUAAUUUAGAUAAUGCCUAUGCAAUAAACAACAAGUCCAUUUUCAUUAUAACACCACAAGUUUCAUAUAUAACUAUUGAUGAUGAUUAAUGUUAUGGAGAUAUUAUUGAAAUAUAAGCUUCAUUUCCUUCUUUGGAAAUAGAAUCAUUAUGUAAUUUUACAUUCUAUAUAAAAAAAUUGGAAUAAGGAAGUUAAGAUAUUUAUGAUAGAUAGGAAUUAGAUUCUUCUGUCAUUGUUUUAAAUAAAAGUAUUAAUAAUUUAUAUUUAAAUAAUCUUGUUAUUGGUCCUAAUGUAGAUUAUUAUUUGUAUAAUAAAUCUAUUGAUAAUUAUUUUGAUAAUUCAAAUGAAAUUUAAAAUAAAAAUUCUAAUGAGGAUGAUUUUGAAAGGAUCAAAUUUAAAGAACAAUUUAGAAUCUCUUAUGCAUAAACUAUGGAUAUUUAUUCAAUUAUUUUUAAUCGUGCCUUUAGAAUUGCAAUUGAUAAUCAAUAUUUACAAAUAAUCUAAUGGAAAGAUUUAACUCUUCAAAUAUUCAAUUGCAUUAUAUAUUAAAGUGACUAAGAUAUUAAUUGCAAUUACAAAUAAAGCAUUAAAUUUUAAUAACCUAUUUUGUAAGUUGUUACAGGAUUAAUAUGUUCAAAUGAAUGUUUUGUUAUAAAACAGGAAAAAAGAGCAGAUCUCUAUAUUGAAUAUAAUAAUAAAUUUAUUGUUACUAAUUGUUUUAUUGAGUCAAUAUACAAUAUUUAGACUAUUAAAUUACACUUAGAAAAAUACUUAGUAGAGUUAGAGAAUAAUAAUAUUUAAGUAUUAAUUUAUUUAAUUUAGAUAUUCUUGCCAGUAUAUAAAUAAUCAAUUAAUUGUAAUUUAGAAAAAGUAUUUGAAAUUAAUUCUCUUGAAUUAGAAAAAUUAAUAAAUACAAAUAAAACUAUCAAUAUAUUUAAUGUUAAAACUAAUAUCAACAUUUAUAAUCUAUAUAUUUCAACUAAUGUAGGUUUAAUUAUUAUUGAUCCAGGUUUAUAAAGAUUUUAAUAAGUCUAAUUAAUUGCAUUUGUUAAAUUCAAAUAAUAAUUUGAUACUGUUUUAUAAGUUAUUAGAAAUAGGAUAAUUACAUUAUAAUAUCAAUAAAUAAUGAUAAUCAAUUUAGUCUAAUAAAAUUUCUAUUAUACUGAAAAAUUAUUACCAAAAUAUGAUUUUACUAUUACAAACACAACAAAUUCAUAAGUAGCAUUUUCUCAAAAUUAUUUUUUUUUAUAAGCAAAAGAUUCUAAUUAUUCUGAUGUUAUUAUAGUUUAUAAAGUGGAUGAACCUUAGAUUUCUGCAUUUCAUACAUACUUCUUAAAAACAAAUAAUCUUGAUUUUAAUAUUAUAUAAAAUUAAGAGGAUGAAGUAUUUUUAGUAUAAUUAUUUGAUGCUUAAAAACUUUAUAGUUCUGUUAUUUUGUAAUUUAAAUCAUCUUAAUCAAAAAUAAUUAAAGUACUCUUUUAAGGAUUUACAAGUUAUGCAAAAUUAAUGGAUGUUUAUGUUAAUGUUAAAACUUCUGAAAAAAUAUAUAAUCUUUCAUUAAUAAUUAAUGGAACAUAAACUAUAACUUAUAACAAUUCAGAUAAAGAUAUUAAAAAAUUAGAUGGAUAUAAUGAUUAUAUUGAUGGAAGUGUAAGUGAAUGGUCAAUUAAAUGUUAAUCUUGUUAAAAAGAAUUAGAACUUAUAAAUAAUAUUAAUUAUAAUUAAUAUUUAAUAUCUAUUCCAAACACUACCUAAAUUAAACAUACUAAUGAUUAUGUUCUAAUCUAAUAAGAAUAGAGUAUUAUAGCAAUUGAUAAUUUUGGUUUGGUCAAAUUUUAUAUACCAUUACCUCUAUCUGAAUAAUCUAUAAAAUGUACAUCAAUCACUGCCAAUACUUGGGAAACUAAAACAAAAUUAGUAGUUUCAGUAUGUAAUACAACAUCCUCAGCUUAAUUUUAUAUUACAUCAUUUUUAAGUUCAUUACCUGUUGCCAUGGGUCCUUUCUAUUCUCCAUUAGUAAUUAAUUAAAUCACUCAUAUAAGAAUGUUACAUGAAAUAUUAUUUAUUUUGGAUGUUAUUACUGAAUAUGUAUAUAUGUUCAAUCUAACUAUUGAAGAGAAUUAAACAGAUAAUUUAAGAGUUAUAAAUUAACUCAAUGCUAGAGAAUUUACUGCUGAUAAAGGUUAAGUCUUUGUUAGUUUUGAUGUAGCUUAUAAUGAUGAUACUUAUCUGUUAUUUUUGCUUACAAAUUCCUCAUGUAUUCUAUUAUUAAUUAUUUAAUAGAAUUUAUCAUUUAUACCUAUCCAUAGGAUGAUGCUUAUACAUCUGAUCUAAUAUCCUUCUUCUAUGAAUUAGGAUUCACAGAUAUACCUUCAAACAUAGUACCAUAAUCAUUGAUAGUAGCUGAGUAAGGUUUAAAGGAAGAGAAGGAAUUUUACAGAAUUAUAGUGACCAAUCAAAAUUUUCAUCAUUAUGAAUUAGAAAUAACAAUUGAAUAUUUACAAAAAGAUACACUUAUUAAUAUAGAAUUUAUUAGGGCUUAUAUGCAAUAUGGAUAUUUUUAUGCUACUGGAAAGAUUCGAGUCUCUGAGGAGACAUAAGGAUUCUUUGGUUUGAUUUAUUAAAAUCCCUUAGAUGAGAAAUAAAAACUAUUGGUUGUUUAUGAUAGGUUUAGUAAAAGUAAGGAAAAAUUAAGAAAAAUACUUGGUGGAUAUAAGAUAUUUUCAAAUAAUUAAAUGUAAAUUUCAAUUUAUUUUUAAGAUUGUUUGAUUUUUUACAUCUUAAAAAAAAGAAUGAUGAAUUUUCAUAUGGUAUAAUUUUGUAAGUUGGAUCAUAAUUAAGCUCUUUGACUCUAUCAAGAUAUUUGGCAAUUAAAAUUAAAGACAAGGAAUUUUAAACAUAAAAUAUUACAUUUAAUGCUUCAAAUGACUUUGGUAAAUGGGUUAGUUUUUAAGCUAAUAUUUAUAAUAUAUCUGGAUAAGUAAUAAAUAUAUUAUUAAUUAGACUAAUUUAUUAUUAAUAAUGUUAUCAUUGGGAAUUGUGGUAUUUAUUGUAAUUUCUUCAUCAUUACUUUAUAUUAGGAAUAAAUUAAAUAAACUUGAAUUAAAAGAUUUGGAUGUGAUAGAAGAAGAAGAAGCCAUAGUUAAAGAAGCAAUUGGUAUAGAAGAAGCCAUAGGUAUAGAAGAAGAAGAAGAUGACAUAUAUAAAGAAAUAGAAGAUGACAUAGUUAAAGAUGAUCAAUGA